AUGUCUGUGGAUUUAUCCAUACCUAAUCCAGAAAUUGUGCAUUUUCUUGAUCUGAUUAUGCCAAUGAACUGUGGGGAAGCAGAAAGGAAAGCAAUGUUUACUGAUCAGAUUGUGAUAUUAGAACAUAAAUUCACAAAAUUCGCGUCAGCACCUAUUCCAAAUGAUCUUAUCUUCAUGCCUGGCGACUACAACUAUAGUACAAUAGGAAAAGCUUCGAUUGCAAUCUAUAACGAGUUAGUUGAAGAAUAUAAAAUAAAAAGAUCAGAAUUUUUCAUAGGAAAGGUUCAAAUUCUCAAUGAUACAUAUAUAUGGCUCAAUAAAUGCAUAGAUUGCAACUUAUUUUUCUUAUUUGAUGAUACAAAUUAUCAAAAAUACGUAUUAGAUCAAUUUACCCUAGAACCGAGUAUUAAAGAAGCAUCGUUUAAGAUUAAAGCGAUGAUAAAUCACAUAAAUACUAAAAGAUAUGAAGAAAAACGGUUUCAAUUACAAGAUUGCCUAAUUGAUCUGAAAAUGAACGCUAACAUUUCAAAUGUAGCUUUAGACCAUGCAAGCCCUACUCAAUUUGAUGUCUCAUUCCAUAACUUUAUCAUAUCCAACGAUUUGAUCAAGAGAUUUUAUGUUUUUGCAGAGCAAAUUAUUAAAAAGGACGAUUUCAUGAUAAAACCCGAUGAUUUACGCCAAUUGAACACUUCUUUCGUUCUACUUUUGCAACCUCAAACUCACGAAGAGCAAUCGAUGAUUCGAUCUACGAUUAGAAGAAUCUGCUUCUCAAUGAUCUAUACUUUGAAGCCAGAACUUCUUUCCGUUAAAGAUUCAGUUGAUUUUAUUCAUAAAGCGGAGAAAUUGUCAAAUAAGACUCCUAUUGAAUUGGGUAUUGAAAACUAUGUUCCUGUUUCAUAUAAAACGCUUCCAAUCAGAAAAAUCAUUGAUUCUCAAAUAAUUUUGAGAAAUGCACUAAAAGAUUUAGAAUACCUUCAGUUUCUGUAUUCACCAGCUGAUAUAUCAUACCAAGUAUUCAUUUCCAUGACGAAAAUCCAAACCUGGGUCGCAGAUCAAACCGGAAAUCACGGAAAAAUGUCAUUUGACGAUGUUUUAUCGUUUGUUGCACCAUUUAUUGCUUAUGAUAUACCUUGUAACGCUGAAGCAAUUGCACAAUACCUUAAAUUUGUGCAAUUUCCGAAUUCUUCAACUUUAGACUUCUCAAGGUUGAUGUUUAUUUCAGCAUGUGAUGUAAUUUCAAAUACAAAAUAA